AGAAGUCUGCAUCUUGAAAACUUCUAUUUUUUAACUUAUUAGCUGGAAAGUUUGAGAAGAGAGAAAUAGUUAUUAAAUGAAUAAUAGUGAAAACUCACCUUCAUUUGGGUUCUGCAUUUGGUUAUGUAGGUCACAGAGCCUAAGGCAGUGGGAGGGGUAUGGUGUCACAGGUGUAGCAGUCUGAAACAGUGAGGGUGCUUCAUGGGAUUUCCUGUCUUUGCCUCACCUGCAAUUAACCUAGCACGUAGUAAACUUCGGCCCAGCACGAUCACAUAUCACUGGUGCCUCAGCUGCACACCUGUGUGUACAUCAGUAGAGCUGAACAGCCUGAACACUGCUGUUCUUUAGUCCAUGCCUUGAGGUUUAAAUUUUUGAAGUACCAGAUGGAGACAGAAAGUGAGAGUAGCACUUCAGGAGAUGACAGUGUCUUUUUGUUGGAUUCAGAAGUUAUAACCCAGGUGACUAACAUUGAAGAGGGAGAAAGGGAAGAACAUUUCAGGAAGAUGAAGUCCUCGGUACAUUCUGAAGAGGAUGAUUUUGUUCCAGAACUACACAGAAACGUUCACCCUCGAGAGCGGCCUGACUGGGAAGAAACACUUAGUGCAAUGGCAAGAGGAGCAGACAUUCCAGAGAUUCCUGGAGACCUUAGUCUUAAGACAUGUGGCAGUACAUCCAGUAUGAAGGUUAAACAUGUGAAAAAACCCACCAAUCCAGGACUGAUGGGCUGUGACAACAUUCACAGGUUACCCUUCACUAAAGGUCACUUUCCGAAGAUGGCUGAAUGUGCACAUUUCCAUUAUGAGAACGUUGAGUUUGGCAGCAUACAGCUUUCACUUUCAGAAGAACAGAAUGAAGUAACAAAAAAUGGCUGUGAAUCUAAAGAGCUGGUCUACCUCGUGCACAUUGCUUGUCAGGGCAAAAGUUGGAUCAUUAAAAGAAGUUAUGAAGAUUUUCGGGUACUUGAUAAACAUCUUCAUCUGUGUAUUUAUGACCGACGAUUCUCCCAGCUCUCAGAGCUUCCCCGUUCUGAUGCCCUGAAGGACAGUCUAGAGUCAGUCACUCAGAUGCUUAUGGCUUACCUGUCCCGCCUUUCAGCUAUUGCUGGCAACAAGAUCAAUUGUGGACCUGCCCUUACUUGGAUGGAGAUUGAUAAUAAGGGAAAUCACCUUCUAGUUCAUGAAGAAUCAUCCAUUAACACUCCUGCUGUUGGUGCUGCCCAUGUUAUCAAGAGGUACACUGCUCGGGCCCCGGAUGAAUUGACCUUAGAGGUGGGAGACAUUGUUUCUGUUAUUGACAUGCCCCCAAAAGUGUUAAGCACAUGGUGGAGAGGCAAGCAUGGAUUUCAGGUGGGACUCUUCCCUGGACACUGUGUUGAGUUAAUUAAUCAGAAAGUUCCCCAGUCAGUGACCAACUCAGUGCCAAAACCAGUAUCUAAAAAGCACGGCAAGCUCAUUACUUUCUUACGGACAUUCAUGAAGUCUCGUCCAACAAAACAGAAGUUGAAGCAGCGUGGGAUCUUGAAAGAAAGGGUAUUUGGUUGUGACCUGGGGGAGCACCUUCUGAAUUCUGGUUUUGAAGUGCCCCAGGUUCUUCAAAGCUGUACAGCGUUCAUUGAGAGAUAUGGCAUCGUGGAUGGAAUAUAUCGUCUCUCUGGCGUUGCCUCCAAUAUCCAGAGACUACGCCAUGAAUUUGACUCUGAACAUGUUCCUGACCUGACAAAAGAACCCUAUGUUCAAGACAUCCAUUCCGUGGGCUCCCUGUGUAAGCUGUAUUUCCGAGAGCUCCCAAACCCUUUGCUCACCUACCAGCUGUAUGAGAAGUUUUCUGAUGCUGUUUCAGCAGCAACAGAUGAAGAAAGGCUGAUAAAAAUUCAUGAUGUCAUCCAGCAGCUCCCCCCUCCACACUACAGAACGCUGGAGUUCCUAAUGAGACACUUGUCUCUUCUAGCUGACUAUUGUUCCAUCACAAAUAUGCAUGCAAAAAACCUAGCAAUUGUUUGGGCUCCAAACCUGCUAAGAUCAAAACAGAUAGAAUCUGCCUGCUUCAGUGGGACAGCAGCUUUCAUGGAAGUGAGAAUUCAGUCUGUGGUUGUUGAGUUCAUCCUAAAUCAUGUUGACGUCCUUUUCAGUGGGAAGAUCAGCGCGGUCAUUCAGGAAGGGGCAGCUUCUCUAUCAAGACCCAAGUCCCUGCUGGUUUCAUCUCCAUCCACCAAACUGCUGACACUGGAGGAGGCCCAGGCACGAACACAGGCUCAGGUCAAUUCUCCAAUUGUGACUGAAAACAAAUAUAUCGAAGUAGGAGAAGGACCUGCUGCACUUCAGGGAAAAUUUCACACCAUAAUUGAGUUCCCACCUGAAAGGAGGAGGCCUCAAAAUAAAAUGAAAAAAUCUCCUGUGGGCAGCUGGCGUUCCUUUUUCAACCUGGGGAAAUCAUCAUCUGUUUCUAAACGAAAGUUGCAGCGUAAUGAGAGUGAGCCUUCAGAGAUGAAAGCCAUGGCUCUGAAAGGUGGCAGGGCAGAAGGGACCUUGCGCUCAGCUAAGAGUGAGGAGUCUCUCUCUUCUCUCCACGCAGCCGAUGGUGAUUCCAAGCUGUUCCGACCCAGGAGACCUAGAUCUAGCAGUGAUGCCCUGAGUGCCUCUUUUAAUGGAGAGAUGCUGGGGAACCGCUGUAAUUCCUACGAUAAUCUGCCUCACAACAAUGGAAGUGAGGAGGAAAUAGGGCUGCUGCACAUUCCGGCUCUCGUGUCUCCUCAUUCAGCUGAGGAUGUUGAUCUGAGCCCACCAGACAUCGGGGUAGCCAGCCUGGAUUUUGACCCAAUGUCAUUUCAGUGCAGUCCUCCUAAGGCCGAAUCAGAAUGUCUGGAGAGCGGGGCUUCCUUUUUAGACUCAUUGGGAUACUCCAAGGAUAAACAGAGUACCAAUAGAAAGGACACAGAAGCAGGUGGUAGCCAGUCUCAGACUCCAGGAAGCACUGCAAGUUCUGAACCUGUCUCUCCUCUUCAGGAGAAACUGAGUCCAUUUUUUACCCUGGACUUGAGCCCAACUGAAGAGAAAUCAUCUAAGCCAGCCUCGUUCACUGAAAAGGUCGUCUAUGCUUUCUCUCCAAAGAUUGGACGGAAAUUAAGCAAAUCCCCCUCUCUGAAUAUAUCUGAGCCAAUUUCAGUGACCCUUCCCGCUCGGGUGUCAGAAGUCAUCGGUACCGUCGCAAACACAGCAGCUCAGAAUGCACUUUCUCCAGCUUGGAACAAAAGUGGCGAAGAAAGUGAUGUCGUAAAUAGAUCCCCCACCCAGGUAGUAAAGAUAAAAGCAAACGAGAGAGAGGCCCAGGAAGGGUGUGAGUCUGAAGUCCAGCCCCUGGACCAGGUGGCUGCUGCAGACGCAGACCCGCCAGGGAAGGAGGAGCCUGCCUCAAGCAGUCAGAGUAAGGCUGUACCUUCUGGACAGACUCAGACAGGAGCAGAUACCCAUGACCCCCCUCAGGAUUCCGUUCCUGUAAGUUCAGUCUCUCUUAUCCCACCACCACCGCCUCCGAAAAAUGCUGCCCGCCUGUUGGCGCUGGCCUUAGCUGAGUCUGCACAGCAAGCCUCGACCCAGUCGUUGAAGAGACCGGGCGCUUCCCAGGCUGUUUGUACACAUUAUGGAGACACAGCAGUGGCUGCGACUGAAGAGAAACUGCCUACUGCCUAUUCUAGUGCUACCUUAGAUAAAGCCUAUUUCCAAACCGAUAGGCCAGCUGAGCAGUUCCACCUCCAGACCAAGGCCUCCGGAAACUGUGACCAGCCAGCACCGGAUACGGCAGCUACUGGGGUUUAUACCCAUUCCAACGCCACUGAAUCUGGGGAGCAACGACACCCAGCAGACAUACCAGGCAAUCAGCCGCCUCGAAUCUAUUUAUCUGGGGACCCAGAAAAGGCCAGAGUCACUUCAGUUCCCUUAACAGAUUCUGAGUCUGAUGAUCACAUAAGUUUCCCUGAAGACCAGUCUGUGAAGACCAGUAUGCCGACUGUCUCCUUUGUGGACCAGGAUCAGCUUCAUUUCUACAGUGGAGAUCAGCCUCCUUCUUAUCUUGGUGCAAGUGUGGAUAAGCCCCAUCACCCUUCAGAACUUGCAGACAAAGCUCCCGCACCUUCUAAUUUGCCUAGGGACAAAAUGUACCUUCCUUCUGGGUCCCCUGAAGAGAAUGCCAGCACAGCCCCCGUGGCUUACAUGACCACUGCUCCAGCAGCAGCUGACGUGAGCGCCAGGGAAGCCAACUGGGAUGUGGUCGAACAGCCCAGCGCAGCAGGGUUCACCGCUGCCACCCUCCAGCGCGGUCACAGAACUAAUCGUCCCCUCCCCCCGCCUCCUUCCCAGAGACCCUCAGAGCAGCUCCCAGUCCUGGGACAGGUACAAGCCGCAGCCAGUAUAGGACUAAACAACACCCACAAGGUUCAAGGAGCAGUUCUGGCUCCAGAGAGGCCGCCUGAAGCCAGAGCCCUGGGUGACCCCACGCCUGUCCUGGCCGGUGACGGCGGGGCAGCCGUGCAAUUUCCCACCUCCGCUCCUGCUCCCCAGCCCAGCCUUCCCGAAAAGGUGCGGGAAGGCGCCAGGGCCCCCCUGCCACACCUGCGCGGCGAGCCCGUCCCCGUGCACCCCUCCUGUGGCUUCCCUAUCCCGGGGCCCCCCACCAGGACCAUGGAGAAUAAAAUCGCCGCUGCUAUCCACUCCAGCUGCGCAGACACAUCCAGCAGCUCUGGGCACCAUCCCUUUGUCACGGCUUCCUCAGCCUCCGUGGAGGACAUUUUGCCUUUACCAGUCCCUGUCCCGCAAGCCAAGCAUGCCUCUCAGAAAACUGCUUAUUCCACCUUUGCUAGGCCUGAUGUCACCACUGAUCCCUUUGGUCCAGAAAACUGUUUGCAUUUCAGUAUGACUCCAAACUGCCAGUACCGCCCCCAGAGUGUCCCCCCUCCUCAUGGCACAGUGGAGCAGCACCAAGUGUACGGUUCCAGAUCAGAGCCGCCGGCCUGCACGGGUCCUCGUUACAGCGCGUACGUGGCCCCGGGAAGAGGCGUGUCUGGACACCACCUGAAGCCAUGCAGCCGCACCGAAUACGUGUCCUCUCUGAGCUCCUCCGUUAGGGGCAGUUGUUACUCCGAAGAAAUGCCCCUGUACCCCACCAUCCGCAGGGUGCAGUCUCUCCACACCCCUCCAUCGUCCAUGAUUCGCUCUGUCCCCAUUUCGAGGACAGAGGUGCCCCCAGAUGAUGAACCAGCCUACUGCCCAAGACCCCUGUACCAGUAUAAGCCAUAUCAGUCCUCCCAGGCCCGCUCAGAUUAUCACGUGACUCAGCUCCAGCCUUACUUUGAGAAUGGCCGGGUGCACUACCGCUACAGCCCCUAUUCCAGUUCUUCUGGUUCCUAUUACAGCCCAGACGGGGCCCUGUGUGACGUGGAUGCCUACAGCACAGUGCAGUUGAGGCCCCUUCACCGCCUGCCCAACCGCGAUUUUGCUUUCUACAAUCCUAGGCUGCAAGGAAAGAACGUGUAUGGCUACGCUGGUUUGCCUUCACGUCCCCGGGCCAAUGUGACUAGCUGUUUCUCUGCUAAUGACCACAGUGUAGUCAACAUGCCUCCAGUGGCUGAUGUAAAGCACACUUACACCUCAUGGGAUUUUGAUGACAUGGAAAAAUACCGCCUGCAGUCCAUCCGGAGGGAGAGCCGUGCGCGGCAGAAGGUGAAAGGGCCUGUUAUGUCCCAGUAUGACAACAUGACCCCCGUGGUGCAAGAUGAUGUGGGUGGGAUCUACGUCAUCCACCUGCGGAGUAAGUCGGAUCCUGGGAAAACUGGGCUUCUCUCGGUGGCGGAAGGAAAGGAGGGGCGGCACCCAGCCAAGGCCCUCAGUCCCGAGGGAGAUGACCGCCUCUAUAGGAAGCACCUGGAGCCAGAGUUCGACAGAGCCCACCACCAUGGAGGACACGGCAAUGGGCAGUCAGAGAAGCCGACCCUCCCUCAGAAGCAAAGUAGCCUCAGGAACAGGAAGCUGCAUGACAUGGGUUGUAGUCUCCCUGAGCACAGGGCACAUCAGGAAGCAAGCCAUAGGCAGUUGUGUGAGUCAAAAAACGGGCCGCCUUACCCACAGGGAGCCGGCCAGUUAGAUUAUGGGCCCAAAGGGAUUCCAGACACUUCUGAACCAGUCAGCUACCAUAACUCUGGAGGGAAAUACAUUCCAUCAGGGCAGGAGUCUCUAAGACUGAACCACAAAGAGAUGAGGCUCCCCAAGGAGCUGGAGAGGCCUCGGGCUAGGCAGAUUGCAGCCCCAGAGAAACACUCCAGAGACUGCUGCAAGGAGGGGGAACCCCUCGCGCAGUCAGCAGUCCCACCCCCUAAGCCAGAGAGGAGUCACAGCCUGAAGCUCCACCACACCCAGAACGUGGAGAGGGACCCUGGCGUGCCGUACCAGUACCAAACACACGGCAGGCGCCAGGGCAGUGGGGCUGUCGGGCCCCAGUACGAUAACCUGGAAGGCUACCACUCCCCGCCCCAGCACCAGCGAGGAGGCUUCGGAGCAGCGGCGAGGGGCACACAUGUGCCCCCCAGCUUUCCCCACCCACAGAACAGGACAUACGCUACCGCUCUGGGGCAGGGCGCCUUCCUGCCCACAGAGCUGUCCUUGCAGCAUUCUGAGACACAGGUCCAUGCGGAAUGAGCCCCAGGAGCAAUAGAGUUGAAGCAGCCUCUGCUGGACAGUGGACUGUUCUAUUUUUUUUCAGUAACCAAAAAAAAAAAAAAAAAAAAAAAGAUACAAAACCCCUGACCACAUUUAAAAAAUAAGAAGAAAAAUCACCAUCUUUUCCCCCCUUCCCUGCUUCACCACCUCUUCCAUCUACAAACUGUGUCAUUUUUAUCAUUUAAAGAUCUGAAAGAUUGUACAGCACUCUGUUGAAAAUCUCAUAAAGAAAUUUGUUACAGACCAUACUUGCCAUAUGUAAGGGCUGAUUUGUAAGAGCCUGAGGACUGCCUUUAACUGAAUUUGAGUUUGACUUUGUCCUUCCUAGCAUUUUCUGUGUCCUUCAGAGCAGCUGAUGCCCACUUCCCUGAAGGUCUUUGUGUAUCCUGUCUGUUCCCACUUGCUUUCCCAGUAGCCACGUCUUGCCUAGAGGGACACCCGUUUUUCUAACUUCAUUCCCUCUGUCUUAGAGAAGGGGCUGUGUGUUAUAUUAGACUGGAGAAAAACUUCUCCUUGAUCCUUCACAUAAGUCUAUUGGACAUUUAGAAAAUCAUAACAACAAAAAAGGAAUUAAGACUUUAAGCAUUUAAUAACCAUCACAAAACGUCAGACCACUUAGAUCCAGGCUGAACCAUGCUUGUCACAUCCUUCCGUAGCUGCCCCUCACAGCUCAGCGAGCAGGCGCAUCUCGCUGCAGAGGGGGUCUGUAAGUCAGAAUUAGAGAGACUUCUUAGCUGGAAGUCGGUGACCUUUGUUAGUACCGGAAAACGACAUCAGUGGUUCUAAGCUGCUGCCUGCCUUCAGUUCUUUUUUUUUUUUUAUUCUCAGUAAUAUUUGUUAAAUUGUGAUCCUAGUGAAAUAUUUCACACCAUUUGUUUUCCUAAAGCAACUUUUGUUUUUCAUUUAAAAGAAAACAGCAUGGUUCGACUGGAUAAACAUAAUUUAUCAUGAUUACAAAUUUACAUGUUAAUUUGUUUCUAAACCAGGUGUCCUGGGAAUUCUUAAAGUAGCUACAGGUUAUCUGUUAGUAAACUGAGCGUUCCUGCAAUAACCACUUAGCACAGCCCGUUUCACCUGCUGGAAUUCUGGGCAGUGACCGUUUACACCCUGAGGAAUGAACGUACUGUUUCUUCCCUCUGUCCUUGUGCGAUCACAGUCUUACUGUAAUUGCCAUCCACACCAGCAUUUCAGGUAUAGUCCUUACAACGCUGGAGACAUGUUAAACAUGUUCAUACCCAGGACUUUCUUUUGAAAGUUGCAUUCCAUUUUCUCAACCCACCUCA